AUGGAGGACGAGCACGUCGCCGAUAUUCGGUCAGCACAAGUGUUUGCUGAGAACGAACGGGAUCUCAGUAGCUCAUCGAUGGACGAGAGUGUCAUCGAUGAGAAGACCCGGACUGAGCGAUACACGUCUCACUUUUGGGAGUCUUUAAAGACAAAUCCUUUGUAUAAGGAUUUGGUUGAAUUCAGGAAUGUUUUCCCUGAAUCCGUGCCAUGCGAGAUGCCCAAGGGCAAAGGCACUCGGGAUGAGAUCGAACUGAAACCUGGUUCGAAAUACUGUGUCAUGAAGAAGUGGUUACUGCCUCGUGAACAGGUCACAGCGAUCGACAAUUUCUUUGCCGAUCGUUUAGCGGCUGUUCAUGUGAGGGAAUCAACAUCCCCACAAAUCACUCCAACCUUCUGUGUGCGAAAAGCCACAGGAGGGUGGCGGAUAUUGCACGCGUUUAACAAACUGAAUGCUGCAACGGUACCGGCUCAAACGUCGAUCCCAAGGAAGGACGUCAUCAUAGAUGGUAUGGCAAAAAGUACCAUCUUUUCGUCCAUGGAUCUGAUGGAUGGAUUCUAUCAAAUCCUCAUGAGAUAA